GUGUUCUGUCAGCGGUGGUGUUUAGUUGGCGUAGCAUAUAUCGUCAUUUCGCAGAUUUUCGGCUCUUUCGAAGCUACCAAUCCGACAACUAGGUAGUUCCUGUCGUUCCUGUGCUUGAAUCAAGACGCAGAAAUACUCGCACAAACACACGAAAUGGCAUCUUUACCGAGACCGCAAGACCACCGGCGAAAAUGGGACCGAGAGGAGUACGAGAAGCUCGCCGAAGAGCGACUGCGUCUCGAGGACGACGACGACGACCUGGGCUCCGAGGCGUCGGUCCCCGUCAAACGGGACAUGCUCAAACCGCGAGACUACAAGGUCGACUUAGACUCCAAACUGGGCAAGACCUGUGUCAUCACGAAGACUACGCCUGCCUCACAAGCUGGAGGGUAUUACUGCAACGUAUGUGACUGCGUCGUCAAAGACUCCAUCAAUUUCCUCGACCACAUCAAUGGAAAGAAACAUCAGCGCAAUCUGGGCAUGUCAAUGCGUGUCGAGCGUUCGUCUCUCGACCAAGUGAAGCAGCGGUUUGAGCUGAACAAGAAGAAGCUGGAGGAGAAGAAGAAGGACUAUGACUUUGAGCAGCGCAUGCAAGAGCUCAGGGAGGAGGAGGAGAAGCUUCGUGAGUACCGCCGGGAAAAGCGCAAAGAGCGCAAGCGGAAGAACCAGGAUCCACUGGAUGGCGUGGAAGUUGACCAAGACAUGGCCAGCAUGAUGGGCUUCUCCGGCUUCGGAUCUUCCAAGAAGUGAUCCACCGUCUCACUUCACCUGUACAUAGGUCCAAAGAAUGAAGAGGGUAAACAUGCCACAAUGAAUUGCAGAAAGGCGUUUGUUUGACAUGAUGAGAUACCAUAGUGGACAGUUUAGGUAGCUCCAUAGAUGUCCACUUGGAUGUCAGAGCUGCUUAGUUAUCGAUGUUUGCUUGGAUGUACACAGUGCAGCAGUGUUAGUGGAAACAUGCGAUCAUCGACAGUCUUUACUGUUUUUGUCUCUAAAUUGAAUGGCUGAGAUGAACACUCCUAGUGUGGAAAAUCCUUAUAUAAGGCAUCAAACUAAGCGGUAAAGUUUAAUGCCUAUUCAAUACUGUGUCCGACUGAAAUGCAGAAAAGCGCCAACGUUGUGUUUGUGCUAACAAUGUCUCGUGGUGUACAGCUGGUGUGUGUGCGUGCGUGCGUGUGUGUGUGUGUGUGUUUUUUAUAGAUGCAGUAAUGUUAAGGUUGUGCUUUUUUGCAAAGAGUCAUUCUAAAGCCUGAAAAUGUGCUUACACAAUAUUUUAAAUGUGUUGGGUUAGCCCCAGUAGAUUGCAAGAUCCACACAUAAAAAUUCAACUUCACCUCAAUGGUUUGCAUAGGUGUGGGCCAUGGAAGCUCAUAUAGGGUUGGGGUUGCAACAUUUAUAUUUAGUGGCACAUCUGUUUUUCUGAAGCUUUGCUUCUUUCAUAACUUUCAUUCUCCACCACACCCAACGUUACGAGAACAACUAGGUUGGGAAACUCUCAUAGUUUGAAAAAGUGACUCUGAUUCAUACUCAAGAAUUGAACUAAAGGCUAUCGCAACGCCGCCAUUUCUCCUGCAGCGGCCACUCUGGGAGCUGCACAGCUGCACGUGUCAGUUGAGGUGGAGUCGUGCAAGGGCCGGUGGCGCCAUCUCGCAGUGCUAUUUCACAAUACCUAUAGAAUUUUACUUUCAUGAUGAAACACUCAGUUUGAAAACUCGCCCUCGUCAAUUUUCAUGUUUCGACUCGUCGCUAAAGGGUGGCGCUGUUAUCGUAUUUAGUUUGGUCUCGGUGGAUGCGAGCAGUCUGGGUUUCAAGGGCGAGUUUCCGCACUGAGUGUUUCAGCAACGUUGCCCACACCCAAACUGUGGUAAAUAAAGUAUUUAUUUAAGCACUCUAUCUAGACUGCCCUAGCGUUUUUGCCUGUCUUGGUAGUGGUAACAUUGUGGCUUUUCUUGUUUUUGAUUGUGGCAUCAGUUUCCCUCUUAUAUGCGGAGAGCAAGUCAUCUGCUUCUUGCACAGGAGUUGCGGUGACAGCAGAACGACGCCGAGCUCUCAUUGGCUGACUGGAAAAGAAUAGAGCAUAGAUCUCAGUGCUAGAUGCUUUGAGGUCUACCCACUAUUUUUAAAAUCAGUCAAGAGCUCGGCGUCGUUCUGACGUCACCGCAACUCUUGCGCAAGAAGCAGACGACUUGCUCUCCGGAUUGGACAUUGCCUUCUGUGCCUGUUGCUGGAUGUAUUUUUAACAUUGUACAUUAUCAUACAUUUACUUCGAGUGUGCAAUGCGUCAGCUGAUCCCUUUUGGAAUAAAGUCAUCCUUGAAUAGAA